UGUGUCAAAGAAAGCGACCACUAUGAUGAAAGAACUGUGAGUGUGGUCGACACCCCGGGAGUCUGUGACAAGGCGAUUACAGAAGACCGGUUGAAAAGGGAAAUAGAGGAAAGCAUCAAUCUGUUUUACCCCGGACCACACAUAUUCCUGCUGGUGAUCAGACUGGAUGCACGCUUUACUGAAGAGGAGAAGAAAGCUGUCAAGUGGUUUGAAGACAACUUCGGUGAGGAAUUCUCCAAUUACACUCUGGUGCUCUUCACUCGGGGCGACGCGCUCAAGGGGAAGUCCAUUUGGGAGUAUUUAGGCGAAGAUCCUGAUCUCAAGGAGUUAAUCAGUGUCUAUAAAGAAAGGUACACUGUGUUUGACAACACAUGCAUGGGAAAUCGCACUCAGGUGGCUGAUCUGUUUGAAAAGAUAGACAAGAUAGUGCACUUAAAUGGUAACCAUUAUACCAGAAGCAUGUACGAAGAGGCCCAGGCAAAGAAGAAUUCGAAGGAAAGAUGGAGUAAAUGUGCAGGCUAUUUGAACACUGUAUGUACUCAGUUGAUCAGUGCAGGACUAGCCACAGCUGUCCCUGUAGCUGGUGCUUUUAUUGCAAAGAAAGCAGCAGUUGGAUCAAUGAAAACGCCUGUAAUCUUGGCAGGUGCAGGAGGGAUUACAAAAGUAAUCGAGUGGUGGAUGAAACCUAAAACAGACAGUUGA